UUGGUGCAGCUGUUCCCGUCUCCUCCGUGUCACACCGGCCUCUGAUGAAGAUGAACAGCACCAAUGGGACCAAGCGGGCUCGCCACGACAGUUCCCCGCAGAGGGACGACGGCUACCAGACCCCCGAGAAGCGGGUGAGAGUGUGCUCCCCGGCGUCGGGCGCGGAUUACCGGGAGUGGAGCACGGAGGACGUGUGUCUGUUCCUUGCCGGCCAAGGGCUCGGGGAGCUGCAAGCCGCCUUCAGAGAAAACAAAAUAAGAGGAAGGAUAUUGGAAGAUCUCACUGAAUCACGCCUGAAGGAAAUGCAAAUUGAGCCUCUGGGGUUGCGAUUGGAAUUACUUCGCUGCUUAAGAAUUCUGUGCCAGAGCUCUCCUGAAAUAAAGAAGGUAUUCAAUGAUCCUAUACACGGCCAUAUUGAGCUGCAUCCUCUCUUGGUACGCAUUAUUGAUACCCCUCAGUUUCAGCGUCUUCGAUAUAUUAAACAGCUUGGUGGCAGCUAUUAUGUGUUUCCUGGAGCCUGUCAUAACAGAUUUGAACACUCCAUCGGUGUUGGCUAUCUAGCAGGCUGUCUGGUGAGGUCAUUGCAUGAACGUCAACCAGAACUUCAGAUCAACAAGAGAGACAUGCUCUGUGUCCAGAUUGCUGGCCUUUGUCACGACUUGGGUCAUGGGCCAUUUUCCCAUAUGUUUGAUGGGAGAUUCAUGCCACUUGCCUGUCCAAAGAGGAAUUUUAAGCAUGAAACUGCUUCUGUAAAAAUGUUUGACCAUCUCAUUGAAUCCAAUAACUUGGAGGGUAUAAUGACGAAAUAUGGUCUUUGCUUGCCUGAGGACUUAAUAUUUAUAAAAGAGCAAAUUGCAGGACCUUUGUCAUCAGAAGAAGAACAACAAUUUGACUCCAGUCAGAAUAAUUCUUCAUGGCCGUAUCGAGGACGAACAGAAGAGAAAUGCUUCCUUUAUGAGAUUGUCGCUAAUAAAAGAAAUGGCAUUGAUGUGGACAAAUGGGACUACUUUGCAAGGGACUGCCAUCACCUAGGCAUUCAAAAUAACUUUGAUUAUAACAGAUUUCUUAAAUUUGCCCGUGUUUGCGCAGUUGGAAACAAGAAACACAUCUGUACCCGAGACAAGGAAGUUGGGAACCUGUAUGACAUGUUUCACACGCGCAACUGUUUGCAUCGAAGGGCAUACCAGCACAAAGUUGGCAACAUCAUAGAAACAAUGAUUACAGAUGCUUUCCUAAAAGCUGACUCACACUUCAAAAUAGAGGGCUCAGGCGGCAAAUUUUAUACUAUCUCUGGGUCUGUGGACGACAUGGAGGCAUAUACUAAGCUCACAGAUAACAUUCUCCAGCAGAUACUUUACUCAUGCGAUCCCAAACUGUCCGAAUCCAGAGACAUCCUGCGCAAAGUAGAACUCCGCCAGUUGUACAAGUACGUGGGGCAGACGCAUCCUACUUCUAGCAACAGGAUAAAACCGGAUGAAUAUGAUUCUUUACCAGGUGACUUGGCUAAUUCGAUUCCACAAACAUCCAUAAGUGAUGUUAAACUUAAUCCAGAAGAUUUUGUUGUAGAUGUGAUUCACAUGGAUUAUGGGAUGAAGGAGCAAAAUCCCAUCAACAACGUGCGCUUUUACUGCAAAUCUGACCCACUGCAAGCUAUAAAGAUAAGAAAAGAUCAGGUCUCACAGCUGUUGCCAGAGAAAUUUGCUGAGCAAAUUAUACGUGUUUACUGCAAGCUAGCCGAUCAAAAGAGCCUUGAAGCGGCGAAGAGAUAUUUCAUCCAGUGGUGCAUGAACAGGGACUUCUCAAAACCUCAGGAUGGAGAUGUAAUUGCUCCAGACAUGACUCCACUGAAGGCCAGCUGGGUCAAUGAUGAUGAUGAUGAUGAAGAGGAUGGCCAUGAACUACAACAGAGGAGGGCAGAUGCAAUGAAAUCUAGGACCAAACUUUUUGUAAAGUAAUACUCCUCCAGGAAAAUUGUUUAGAAUGAGAAUGUUAUGGUUCUUCAGUUUGUUCCUUCAACCAUGAUCUACAGAGCCUUCUGCAGGAGUACUGUGGACAUUGUAACAGGAUAUCUGUGAUUUUUCUCGUUCAGUCUCCUAGAUUUAAGAAUUGUGACAAAAGACUUGCUAAUGCUUCCAAAAAACAA